AUAUUUAUUCAGACGGUAGCGUUUGAACUGUUCGGUCUUUGAAUUUUCAUCCGUUAGAAAAGAAAGAUCUAGAAGAGAAAGAGAAGAUAUAUAAGUUAGUAUAAACGAAUUAGACGGUAAUAAAUAAAUAAAUAAGUUAUUAUUAAACUUAUUCUUAUUUUUUAUUAUAUUCUAUCCUUUGUAUUUAUAUAUGAAUUAAUACAAAUUUUAACUAUAAAAAAUAUUUACCUAUAUUUGAAGAAUAGCUCUCUUAAGCCUAAUAAAAUAAUUUUAGGAAUUUUUUAAAACGUAAGGCCAUUUUUAAGUAAAUUUAUUAAUAGAGAAAAUUUUUACAGCUAACAACACGAACACAGAAUAACAAUGGUAUGUCAGUUAUUUAAACUACAUAUAUGGCUACUAAUUGGACUAUUUACUUAUGUUCUAUCGAGUUGCCCUGCAGUGGAUAAGAAUUGCUUAUGUAAAACCAAAUAUACUUAUAACUUCUUUAUAGAAUGUUCAAAUUUACAUAAAUACGAUCAAGUGCCAGUGUUUCUGAAUAAUUCGAAUAAGCUAUACGAAUCUGUGAAUUUUUAUAAUUCUGAUAUAAGAAAUAUACAGGAUAACGCCUUCGUUAAUAUUACAACUAAGAAUAUUCACUUGGAGAAUAAUGAAGUUCGGCAAGUUGAUGAAAGAGCCUUUUAUGGAAUGGAAGACCUUAGUUACAUAAACUUGGGUGAAAAUCAUCUUCACACUGUACCAAAUGGCUUAUUUCACGGAUUAGAGAAUUUAGAAAAUAUUGGUUUGAAUGGGAAUAAAUUAAAGAAUCUAUCAGAUAGUUUAUUCAGCAAUUUGCGUAAAUUAACUUUUCUCUAUCUAUUUAAUAAUGAAAUAAGAGAAAUUCGAGAAUCUACAUUUGCAAAUUUAACGAAUCUAAAAGUUUUGGAUAUAAAACAUAAUUUCCUAUCUGAAAUUGAUCGAAAUAGUUUUAAGGAUCUAAUAAACUUGGAACGCCUCGCUCUGCAGGGAAAUUCUAUAAGGAUCAUUCAUGACAAUAUGUUCUUGAAUAAUGCUAAAUUGAAAGACAUAUAUUUAGAUUAUAACUUAUUAGAAAAUAUCAGUUCUGAUGGCCUUAAAGGUCUGGAAUCUAUACAAGGACUUUCCCUAUCACACAAUUUAAUUGAAUUCUUACCGACACGAGUCUUUUCAACUCUUCAAAAUAUCACUCAAAUAGAUUUAUCCCAUAAUAAACUAAGGGAAAUUGACGACAGUACAUUUUAUGAUUUAAGAAAGUUAACCAAAUUAGAAUUGAAUGAUAAUUAUCUUAGACAACUUCCCAACGCCUUUAUCUCCAUGACGAAUAUACAAUAUCUAAAUUUGGCAAAUAACCACCUGACUGCUCUUCAAAAUUGGAAAUUUUAUUUAAGGAACUUUAAGCCAACUUUAAAACAGCUUAUACUUAAGAAUAAUUCUAUUGAUACCGUUGAUAAUCGGUUAGGAGCAUAUUUCCUGUCAGAAUUAACUACUUUGGAUUUAUCCUAUAAUCAAAUUGAACGUUUUGAUAUUAGAUUUUUCUCAAAUAUGACCAAGCUAAAGAUUUUACACCUAAAUAACAACAGACUGCAGCAUGUUUUCAAAGAAUAUUUCAUUCAUUUACAAAGUUUGGAAGAUUUAUAUCUUAACGAUAAUCAAAUACACUAUAUUCAAGAUUACACCUUUUCUAAAGCUCCAAGACAUUAUUUAAAUCUAAAUAACAAUCAAGUUGGUGUGAUACACGGUCUUUUAUUCGCUGGUAAUACUAAACUUUCAACUCUAAAUUUGAAAAAUUGUUAUAUUGGCGGUAUAAAUUCUUAUGCAUUUAAAACAUUAACAAAUCUACGAUAUCUAAGGUUGAACUAUGGAGAUCUAUCGGCUCUAAAGGAUGAUCUUUUCUCAAAGAAUUCUAAAUUAAAAUGGCUUUAUUUGAAUCAGAAUAGAUUAAAAAAGAUAACAAGAGGAACGUUUUUUAAAGCUAGAAGUUUGGAAGUAUUACAUCUAGAGAAUAAUAUUAUAUCUAGUAUUGAAAAUUCUAGUUUUUUUGACUUAAAAAGGCUGCAAAUAUUAAAAUUGAAUAAUAAUAAUUUGUACGCUCCAAUCGACGAAAAUCUAUCUUCUGAUCAACCAGGAACGAAACCGCCUUCUCCUAAAAUAACAGCAAAAACCUUUGAAGGAUUGAGUAAUCUAGAAGAGCUAGAUAUAUCUAACAAUAAACUAUCAGGCUUUCACGAAUCAUACGUGACAAGACUAAAGAAGUUAGCUUAUCUAAAUCUUGACUUUAAUCCUAUGUUCUGUUCAUGCCAAAUGAAUUGGUUAAUUAAAAAAGACAUUUCGGUGGAUUGGGAAAAUAUGUUUUGCAAAUUACCAUUAGCCUACGCUGGUAAUAAAACAGCGUGUUUUCUAGAAGAACAGUGCAGGUUAUCAAUAAAAAAGGACUUUGACUGUUAA